AAAACUGGUAUCUAGUAUCGCAACACAAGUUACAAUGGCCUACCACUCGGCUAAAUCAGUGGAAGAUCUGCGCUUUAAAGAUGACGGUCUUACGACUAUAACCUCCGAAGAACAAGAAAAGGUGGAAAACUCGGUAGCAAGAAAUUAUUUAGCCUACAUGCGAGUCUCCAAUCUUGAUCCCGACCUAUCACUGUAUCGCCAGAAGCAUGUUCAGUACCUCAAGAGAGGCCUUCACGAUCUCUCUCAAAGUUACGAAUGUUUGGACGCCAGUCGACCUUGGCUCUGCUACUGGAUAUUACAUGGUCUUGAAAUGUUAAACGUACAACUAGAUGGGGAAGAAUACGCUCAAACGGCUGAUUUCCUCAAGCGUUGUCAAGAUCCGUAUGGUGGCUUUUGUGGGGGUCCCCAGCAAAUACCUCAUCUGGCCCCCACUUAUGCCGCUGUGUGCGCGCUAUGCAUCGUGGGAACAAGACAAGCAUAUGACGUCAUCAACAGGCCCAAGUUGAAGACAUUUUUGGCAAGUUGUCGCACUGCAGAAGGUUCCUUUACGAUGCAUCAAGAUGGUGAGGUGGACAUUCGUGGUGCAUAUUGUGCAGUAGUUGCAGCACACUUAACUAAUAUUAUGACUCCAGAGUUGUUUGAAGGGACAGCAGAAUGGAUUGCUAAGUGCCAGACCUAUGAGGGUGGAUUUUCAGGUGAACCUGGACUGGAAGCUCAUGGAGGCUACACAUUCUGUGGCUAUGCUGCAUUGGUGUUGCUAGGCAAGCACCACUUGAUUGAUAACAAGCGUCUGCUCACAUGGGUCACUCGGCGUCAGAUGCGGUUGGAAGGAGGCUUUCAAGGAAGAACAAACAAAUUAGUUGAUGGUUGCUACUCAUUUUGGCAGGGAGGGGUGUUUCCUCUUCUUCAUACUGUCAUUGAUGCUAGUGGCAAUGGGCAUUUACUUAGUAAUGAGAAAUGGAUGUUUGAUCAGGUAGCCCUUCAAGAUUACUUGUUAAUGAAUUGUCAGCUUCAUCAUGGAGGACUUGUUGACAAACCUGGGAAAUCACGAGACUUUUAUCACACCUGUUAUUGUUUGAGUGGGUUAUCUGUGGCACAGCACUUUGUCAAUGAGUAUCAAACUAAACUAACAUUAGUGGGAGGCCAGGAUAAUAAACUAGCUCCUGUACACCCAGUGUAUAACAUUGGAGUCCAACAUGCAGCUGAUGCUCUGAAAUACUUCAGAAAGCUGCCUCUUAUUUGAUUAUUGUUGAAAGGCUUGUUGAAGCUUUAACCCUUUGCACCCAAACAUCAGUAUGCAUAUUCUUCACACUGUUUUCAAUAGGUUUCCUAAGGUUCUAUACUCUUGCAUGAUACUUAGGUAGGAUAAUUCUGAAAAAUAGACUUUCUUUGUGUAUUAAUUUCUCAAGCAUUUGAAAACUUUUUGUUUCUCUGGUGGAAGCCAGACUCCAAUGUGGAGCAAGCAUAAUGAUUCAAUUUAUGCCAAGCUGAACUUGUACACAGUGCAAUGGAAGGAAUGUAGUGCAAAUAAUGUGCCCAUUCUUAACUGAAAGUAAACUUCUUUAAUUUAUUGAUCAAUAUUUGAAGUAGUGACUUAGUUGUCUGACUAUUUCUCAAAAACUUUCUUUUACAAUACAGAAUAUGUAGUUCAUCAUUAAAUAUCCCAGGUUUAAUGUUAAAUGUAUACUGGUCUUCAUUAAAGUGCCUUAAGAUGUCUGUAGAAAAUUGAAAAAUUGUUAUAAACAGCUGUAUAUAAUAUACUGCAGAAAGGUAUUUUAUUGUUAGUAGUAAUAUUAGGGCCCUAUUCCAUAUUGAAGGUGCAUUGUAUCUUGUUUAAAAUGCUUGUUCAGGAGAAUAAACCAUGUGCACAGUUUG